AGGAAUCUUCGGGUUUGAGACGUCUACGCAGCGUAGUUAAUCACUAGCCCUAUGCAGGGCAUCAAUCGAAAGUCCUCGUAUUAUUGCCGAGACUAUCUCGGGCCCAACUACUACAGAAUCUAGCUUCGGCCUCCAUGCUCUUUCUCAUCCAUCAACGCCUUCAAGAAUAAUAUAUAAUAAUAAGCAACGGAAGAACCGGACGCUCCCGCUGCGGCACUAUGGACCCCUGUACUCCUUACUCCGGCAGAACUCAGGCUUCAAAUUUAACUUAAAACGCCACGUUCCUUGGUAGUUAACGUUAGCGGGAAAUUCUGGUAACGGCCGCUGUUUUCUCCAUGGAACUCGUGCAUUCUCCUGCUGCAAAUAAUGAUCCAGACACUUGCACUUUGGAUAUUUUCGGUUUCUCAAGACUGUUGAUCUCGGCAGGCUCGGAAUUGAGACCCUGCUAUAAACUCGCGGUAGAUCCCUGUUUGAAUUUCGAAAUCGGAUCCCGUGCGGUUCAAACAUUCUGCUGAAUCUGAUGGAUCUCACCAGGAACAAUGAAUGAACUCUCCGCAGGGUCCGCUGCGCCUGUCAAUUGUUCAAAAGGCUCCGAGAUAUUUAGGUUAUCGCUCUUGAUCCCUCAAUAAUAAUACAGCCUAGCGAAUACGCGAAGUUGGAGCAAGGAUGGGUGUUUCAAGGCACUCCUUCGCUUGUCCAGAUGACUCCACGCAGGCCACAAGGCGCUGACGUUCUUGUGACUAUAUGGGGAUACAAGACAUAUUGAUGCAGCCAUAAUUAUUCUCAACUUGCCCCGUCAGCAAGUGAUGGGGGAACGCCCCAUUGGGCUACUAAACAAGAAAGCAGCAAUCCUUGAGGAACACCGGGUCCCCAACCUCAUAUUCUGACAGUGUCGCACUGCUAGAAUCCUAGCUACUCAAGUUCGGAAGCUCUCACUACACCUUCUACUAGACCGCCAUGCUGCCUGCUGGUGUUGGCCGUUGCGGCGACUUUGAGAUUCUAAACUUACGGAGGAUUCGAUGGACAUCUCAACGGUCGUAAUGCAAAAUGGGGUGGGCAUCCUACCCUGCACUGCUUCGUGCAAUCUCAGCAUGUAUGGAAAAUGCAUAUAUACCCAGCUGGGCCCGCUCUGAAUCCAACUUUUCUGCCAUUCCUUACACACUCUAUCCUUUACUUUUGGACAUUGUUAUCCGUCAAAGGCAAGUGCUUGCCGUCUCCUUUUGCCUAGCAGGGCAAGAUGGUCGUCCUCUCUUUACUAUGCCCGUUGAUGUUGCUUGGGCUUGCAAGUGCCCAGAUCAUCAAAGAUCCACUUGUUAAAAAUGUCCUCGAUUUUGAUUCCACCUUCGACGCUAGCCUACCCGCUCCGCAGAAGUAUACUUAUAAGAAAUGGACCACAUAUGAGAUUGAACAAGGGCUUCCGCCAGAUAGUACCUGGACUGCGAGUUAUUACGAGAAGGAGAGUCGACACUACUGUAGAGCUGACUUCUCCGUUUACAAUGUCACUUAUGCCGAUGUGCGAACCCCUUCAAUUCUCUCCUACAUGUGUGGCCCUCAUCAGUUCACGUACCCUCAGUUGCCUAACCCGAGUUUGCACCUUAGUGUCCUGAGCCCUGGGUUAUUGGCCACUGCGCCAAAGCAGAGAUUAGCAGAGAAGCUACCUUUGACUUACUUGGCCGCCUCCCAUCAAGUGCCCGCGGUGUGAUCUCUGACCUUCUCAAUGCAAAUAUCGAACGAGGCCUGAGCUUCAGGUGGCAUAAUAAGCAUUCCGUGAUGUUGGGAGGAUAUUUUCGCCCAGCUGAUGGCCUCAAAGCAGCGUUGGCAGCACUGUGGGUUGGUGGGCCUGGCGUUCCCUAUGAAACCUUUUUGAACGCUGUUAAUGCCGAUACCUGCGUGGCUGAUACACGUGCUGCGGAGUCCUUGAAGCGGGAUGGGUCAUUGGGAGAUGCAGUAGAGAAAGGGUUUGCAGUCGCGGCAUAUUUGAAGCUUGUCAAAGGCACUCCCCCAUUUGAUGCAAGCUGCAUGAGCAAUCAACUCAAAGUCCUUGGAGCAAUUCUGGAUCAGAGGUGGGAUGCACCAGGCCAGUGCCCGGACAAGAAAGCGCCCGAACUCGUGAAGUACAGAAGUGUUCUGUUUUCAGCCGGAAUAGAAGUACUCAACACGGAUCCCGUGCCAGGCUCUAGGCCUGCAGAAGUUGUGUAUUGGCCAAAGUUCAAGGGCUAUCCCGAAUUUUGCUGGAAUGAGGCUCGGGCACAGAGGUCAAAUGAUGACCUGAGGCCCCGGUGCGAACCUAGGCGUCUUAAUGUCUUUAAUGUCACCUACGAAGACUGCCCGGACCAAGACCCCUGGGUAAUCUGUCAUUGUUCUGAUGCACAGCAGUCAUUGGAUGAUGUGAUCAGGCGAGUUGGCCAGCUGCCACCAGGAUUGCGGAGCCACAUGAUUCACCUUAUUGCCUUCGAACAUAGCUCUGUUGGUGGUGCCGCUGUUCUCCCCUGGAAUAUGGUCAUGAUCUUCGGCGAAGCGCAAGAUAGUGUAUAUAUGCAUGAGGCUAGCCAUUGCAUUGACCGAGGAUUCUAUGCGAGCGAGACCUUCCGAACUGCCAAAGCAAAGGAUUCUUGUUGGCCAACACACUACUCCAAAUCUGCAGAUAUCGAGCUUUUCGCUGAGAUUGGUGUGCUAUAUCUUUAUGAUAAGAGUGGCAAGACACUCAUCCAGCGGGGACAUGACCCAGCUUGUCUCGCCAACGGGCUGAAGGCAAUUGACGCGUAUGUCGGCCUCGACUAUCAACGAGGCGGCAGCAAAUGUUUCAAGCGAAAGCCAAAUUCUAAGGUUGUUUAUCCACCCGGGUUCCAAAUCCAGAGUCCGGAGCCGUAUAUCAGCAACGCCGUGAUUGAGAACUUCUCCAACCCUGGUGAUGUGUCCUCGCUGUCCUCACUGUCCUCACCAGCCUCACCUUGGGGCGACUACCCGCGGGAGAUCCAUGGGCAAUAGAUCUAAGGGUUUAUCAUAGAAGCUGUUAUCAUGUUUCCUCUUUUCUUCUUCCAUUAUUGUUAUUCUGCCCGAUUUAAUCUGUUUUCUUCCCCCCUUGUCUACCUAAGCUUUUGAGGAAAGUUUUUAUCUUCUAGAUACAUGGUGCUAGUAGGUGCAUUUUGGGGGAGGUUAUCUUGAAUGACAAACAGACGAUUAUAGGCUUCUCCGUAACAUAAUAAGUGAAAUCGUCUAUUGUAGUAUAUCAUCAUAGUUUUAUUCCGUAUAUAAGAAACUUUCUAGCGCCC